AUGAAGUUCUACCCUAAAGCGCGAGAGCAGCGGCCUAGCAUCCACCACCCAUCUGUUCGGCCGCGUCGAUUGGGUCUUCUAAAGGCAGCAUCUGUCAAUUUUCUGCUUCUCCAAAUUCUAUUCUUGGGUCUAUUCUGUUGGAUAUUCGGCGCUCUCUUCCAGCAGUCCGGCCAUAUCCACAACAUCAAUGUUUUGUUUGUUGACUAUGAUGGCGGCGCGAUAGGCGAUGCGGCCCGUGUCGCAUUCCAGAAGCUCAAAGGACCCGGCUUUCCAACCUUUGUUGAGCGAUCUCCCUCUGAAUACCCUCAGCCCGGCUCAAUUGAAGGUGCAGUUUGCGACAUCAAGUACUGGGGAGCGUUGUACACCACAGCAAACGCGUCGAAUGCGCUGAGUGCCGCAUUUGCGGGUGGGUCGGCUGCCUCGUCGUACGAUAAGAACAAUGUUCUCACAAUGGUGUGGAACGAAGUGCGCUACCCGACGGUCGUUGACUCCGCACUUGCCGAUAGCAUGAAAUUGCUAUCGGAGACUGCACGUGUCGCGUACUCGCAAACUAACGCGAAAGAGGCUCUGAAGAGUGUCAACACUUCCGAUCCUGCUGCGCUUGCAGCGUUCUACGAGCCUUGGACAUUGGCCGACAACAAUAUUCUACCCACAUCACAAGGAUCAAGGGCCAUUUACAACACGCUAGUUAUCAUUUUGAUUCUGAUCCAGGAAUUCUUCUAUCUGGGUACUGUCAAUGGUUUAUACGCUCAAUUCAAACUCUACACAUCGUUGUCACCGCAUCGCAUCGUCAUCGCGCGCCAACUUAUCUCUCUAGUCUACACACUUGUCGGAGCCAUGUGCACAGCCGGCGCAAUCUGGGCAUUCCGCAGUGGCUGGGAUGUCAACGGCAACCAAUUCGCGCUCACUUGGCUCGCAUUGUGGCUCUUUGCGCAUUUGAACUUCCUCGUGCUAGACGUUUUUACCAUCUGGCUUCCGCCCCCCUACGUACCAAUGGCGCUGAUAUCGUGGGUCAUCUUGAAUGUAACUUCUAUCAUUCUCCCAUUCGAGCUGUCACCCGCUUUUUUCAAAGUGGGCUUCGCCUUACCAGCACACUCUAUCUUCCAGGUACUCAUCGACAUCUGGUCUUCUGGUUGCAACCCCCAACUCUAUUUCGCGCUACCUGUCCUCUUUGUCUACGAAAUCCUUGGCAUUACCCUGAGUUCCAUCGGUGUUUAUAGAAGGGCUCACUACGCGGGCCUCAGUCAAGAAAAGGAGGAAAAGGGGUUCCAAGAGCGGGUGGCGGCCGCACUACGGGAGCAGCAAGAGGCUCAAAUGGUCAGACGGGAAACAAUGCAUGAUGUCGAAGGAAGCGGGACAUCGGAUAGCGAGGAUGACCCACGGGGUGCUAUGCAAAGACGAAGCACCGCGACAACAACGGCAGAUCAAGCGGAGUUAGUCAACAUCAUCAGCCGUGAGAUGUCCCGGUCGAAGGCCGACAGACCAGAUACAGCCCGAGAGAGCACCGGGCCGUCUUUUGCCUUGGCCUACAAAUUUUGA